ACUUCCUGUUUUGUUUUUCUUUCGUUCCUAGUCCGCUCAGCCCGGGUAGAAAUGGGAGAAUAUUUAAGGCGAGACAACAUUUGUAGCCUGACCAUAAACAAAUACAUUUUCUUUAAACAGUGGCGGACCUUAUAGACACAACAGYCGUAGCGGGCAGCAGCAACGAGCCUCCCUCCACCCCUGGGGUCUGCGACAUGGCACUCAGCUCGGGCAGCUGGGCUCCUCCAGCCUCGGUGACUGCCUCGUCCCAACAACAGGCGACAUGCUGCGGCGGGCCCGGCCCUGCAGUUUGCUGCAGCACUGUUCUAAUGUCAGUCCGCGUGUCGGUGUCCCAUUCCGGGAUCCGACCCCUGUGCCUCCCCGGAGCAGGCAGCGAAGCUCUGCGCCUGCAGCUCAGCAUGGACCCGAGCCGGGCCGGAGAGUUCCGACUAGCGCUGAGAGAUACGAGCGGAAACCGCAGUGUGUUCAUUGCAGAGUUUGACUUGCGCUCGGUGCAGUACGAGGUUAAGUCGUCGCGCUGCCAUGAGAUGCGUCUUGCCGCUCCGCCUCACGACUGCAUCCGCUUCAACUUCCGCUGUGACCGAGAGGCCGAGGAGUGGGCCACUGUGGUGAUGUCAUCACUGACAGAGGCCCACAGAGUUGCAAAUAUUAACACGUGUGAAUCAGAUGGCAAACAGAACAGCCUCGCAGCAGCGACGGAGCCGUGGAGCUCAGCCUCUCUGCCUCAUGUUACCAAACACGCAUUCAAGCACUUUAGUAACACUUCUUCUCAUCUGUCCUCAGUUGCAAAUAUUAACACGUGUGAAUCAGAUGGCAAACAGAACAGCCUCGCAGCAGCGACGGAGCCGUGGAGCUCAGCCUCUCUGCCGCUCUGCGAGGAGCUUUGUUUGGAGCUGUCGAGGGCGAUCGAAGCAGGCGACGCUCAGRCCGCCUCCCAGCAUGCAUCUGCACUGGCUCGACAAAAAGCAGUGCUGACGAUACAGCCGUCUCAGAAAAACUACGCCGAAGGGGAAGUCAACCUGUCGGUGGUGGUGGAGGAUGCUUCGUCUUCCUGUUGUGUCACAGUGAAAGUUUUCCCCUACAUGACCGUGGCKGAACUCAAGCAGCAGGUGUUUCUCGAGUACGGUUUCCAUCCUCGAGUGCAGCGCUGGGUGAUCGGUCAGUGCCUGUGCACCGAGCCCAGGUCGCUGGCUUCGUACGGGGUGCAGAAGGAUGGCGACACGGCGUACCUUUACCUGAUCUCUGCCCGUCAAGCUAACAUCACGCGCCAGCUGUUCCAGCAGGACCUGGAGAGCGCUCUUCUUGUAACACCUCUUCCCCCGGGCAGCRGCUCCACCUCCCAGGACUGGAGGGGCUACAGCACCCUUCCCUCAAGACUUCCUCACAACAGCCCGGGUGGAGGGAAUAACAUCAAAGAUGUCCUCAAUAUUGAGAAGCUGCAGCUGAACGAUCACACCAACAAAGCCAGUAAAACACAGCAGACAGAGUGGGCGUGUCCUUCAUGCACUUUUAUCAACAAACCAUCUCGUCCCGGCUGCGAGAUCUGUGCGACCGCCAGACCUGACACACACAGCUAUGUCCAGCAGGAGAAAGGAAGGCGGGAGGAUCGCAAGAAGUCUGGUUUAAGCAGCAGCUGACUGCUCGUCAUCACUGUGGGGAUUUUUAUUUCUCGCUCGCAUACAAAACACGCAUUCACACACAGAAAGUGCGGUGGCUAAUUCUGCCACAUAACAUGUUGACAAAAUACUCACACGGAGACGGUAAAGCGCACUGAGAGUCGUUUGAACGCGGGARCGUUGGAGGUGGCACGGAAGCGGAGCUGCGUCAGUCGAGGUUCAGACGACGAACUGCUGACGAGGAGCCUUUUGUCUGUUUAUGUACUGACAACAUGAUAUGAUCACAACGUGCAUCUCAUCUGGCCAGACCACUUUGCUAUUUAUUUCAGAGGGCGUGUGUGUGUGUGUGUGCAUGUGGUGCAAUGAACACAAACAGCCUGAUAUUUAUUUUAGGGGGAGAAAGGGGUUUUUAAUUUUUUUUUGCAUUUGAUUACAGUUGAAGUUUAGGGAGUGUCAUCCACAGCAUCUGCUAACUGUGAAGCGAGAAGGGAGGUGAAGCCUUGUGCAAUACUCUGUUAAACUGUCUUUUAUGUCAGUGUCAAAAUGUUCUUGAAAGUGAACAAAGAGAAAGCAUGGUUUGUUUACAGGGUUGUCAAGAUUUUUGUUUUUAAUAACAUUGUAUUUAGUGUAUUAUUUUUACCAAGGUGCAUUAAGUUUGAUGUACAUUUCAGCCAGUGGUUUUAUUGUUAUUAAUUCCCUCUGAGCUGUGAGAGCUAAAGGAUGAUUUCAGUACAUAAUCUAAAGGUAAGAAUCUUCA